CGGUCUCUUUGAAUGUUUGUUUAUUGCACGCCAAACAUUCUCAUUCCUCCAUGGCUAUUCAACCUAUAACUUCAUCUCUUCACUCUCAUUUUCAUCUUCAACUCCUCCCUCAAUCUCCUACUGCUUCUCCAUUUUCGUUUCUUCCUGGACACCUCCACUCUAAAUUUCACAAGGCCCCCAGAAAAUGUCCAAGAAUCAUUUGCAAAUCCAAUGAAGAUGAUUAUCUCAUAGAUGCUCCUGUUUCUGUUGGUGAUGGCUUUCCUUUCAGUGGAGGCAAAUAUUCAGAUGGGUCAUCACCUUCUGAUGAAUCGUUUAAGCAAGGAAAAAUGAUGAAAGCACAUCCUGUUUCUGGUUCUGGUGAGAAGGCAAAAGAUCCUGUUUUCGGACUUACUAUGGGGGCUGCUUCUCAGGCCUCAGCUGAUGUUUUCAGGGUUUACCGAUUGAAACAUGCUCUCUCUAUAUAUGAUUUUGUGCCUUAGAUGGUUCUGC